AUGAGUAACAAUAGUAUAGCAAGAGAUUUCUUUGGAACGUUGCAAAAUCUAUACGUGUUCAUCGAAACUUGCACAAAACGACAUGCUGUGUACUUGAAACACCAGAGAAAGUUGAAUGCGUCAGAUGAUGAAGGAAAAAAGAAGCGUGAGUACGUUCUGAAGAAAUUGUCUGAUACAAGAUGGGCAUGUCGGGCGGACAGCAUCACCGCAAUUUACCACACACUCGAAGCUGUCAUCGCGACUCUAAAAGAGAUCAGAGAAAAUGAAAAGAAGGCUCACAUUGCAGCAGAAGCAAAGGGGUUGUUUCAGAACGUCUGUGAUUUUGAAUUUGUUUUGGCUUUGGAGGUACUGUUUUGAUGACAAACGUACCGUGAUUUAUAUUUCAUUCAUUUUUAUUUUUAAUGAAAAUUUAAUGAUGUGAGUUGAUCAUUUUUAUUAAGGUGCUGAAGAAAGUCCUGCUACUCAGUAAGGGAGUGUCAGAUAAGCUGCAGUCAGAGGACUUGGAUGUCGUCACCGGCUGCGAAAGAGUUGCUGAUCUGCUAAGCACAGUACAGGCUCUACGAUGCGAGCCCAAAUUUGAGGAAUUUUGGGAAACUACUGUUACAAAAUGUCGCAGCUUGAAUAUCGAAGAACCAAGACAAGAGCGUACCCACAAACUUCCUAGGAGGAUCGACGAUAAUCCUGACACAGCAGUCCAUCUUACGUCGAAAGACAAGUUUAGAAUUUCCUUUUACUAUAAUGUAGGUUAUAUGAAUAAUGAAUUGUUCUGGAAACAUGCAUUCCAAUCGCUUAUAAAAAUAUUUACAGCUAUGUAUUUUUCGAAAUCUAGGUACUUGAUCUUAUGGUUAGCUCCAUUGAAAGUCGAUUUGACAAGAAUAACGCACCAGUUUUGAUGGGUCUCGGAUACUUAAAUCCUUCUCGAAUAGGCAAUCCAGAAGCUUGGAAACAUAUUUCUGUCGCGGCCCAAUGGUUCCAAUGCGAUCUUGAUGUUGAUGAAGUAGAGAGCGAAAUAUUUUCCCUACAAACAUCGUCGCUGCUUCCUAACAUCCUCGAGAAGGCAAAAUUAGAGAAGAGAAAAGCCAGUUUCGACGACCUGUUCAAAGCAUUGCAAGCUGAACCCGAAUGCUAUGGAAAUUUAACAAAGCUGAUGAAAAUUGCUUUGACACUGCCCCUCACAUCAACAAGUGCCGAAAGGACAUUUUCGAAGCUAAAGUUGAUAAAGUCUCGACUUAGGACAACCAUGCAGCAGGAAAGACUGAAUAGUCUGAUGCUGAUGUCCAUCGAAGACGACUU